UCCACUGCCUCUUAAAAGUGAGCUCAUCUGGCGCUGGGUUGCAUUGAAGUCCUCCACUGUGCCUGAAGGAAGAAUGCUUUUGGGCGGUGGGAACGUGGAGAAGAUGUGGUCUGUCCAGCUGUGUCUUGGAGUGCUAACCGUCUUGACCAUGACUCUGUUUGUCCCAUGUACACAUGGAGAACCUUUUUUACUACAAGAGAAUCGAGUGCUUCCAGAGAGAGAAGACACAAAUCACGAGGGCACACUGCUGACUCUGCUCCUUAAUAAGAAAUUUGCAUGGCGGAGGCCAGAAAAUAUUGACUGGGAGCUGGCAAAGAAAUUUGAAGAGCUUGAACAGCUGGAGAAGUUGAAGGAUCAGCUCUCAACUGAGGAUGAGUCAGAGGUGGCCUAUGCCUUGGAAAGUCUUUCAGCAUCCCAGCCCAAAAAACGUGCCUGCUUUUGGAAAUACUGCAUCUGAAGGCCUGUUGGGACUGGAGGAUGAAGAUGAGCCCUUUCCCAAACUGCCUUGCUGGGUAUUAAUGUAUUAAGAGUUUGUUCUGUUCUUUCAUCGUGCUGCUAAUUUGGAUGCCGUCCUCCAUGACCACACCACAGCCAAGUCUAACAGGGACUGUGACAGGAGCUGGUAGCCCACUGCCACUCUCUACUGUUCCUUCCUUCCAGGUUUAACCAUGAUCUUCUACUUGGAAGAUGCUUCCCAACUUUCUGUGCUGUCCUGUGUGUGCCAUUUAGGCUGCUGCCACUGUACACCCUACCCCUUCUCACCAGGUCCCCUGAGGGACCAAACACUAACUCAGCUUCCCUGGGUUUGGGCCUCUGGCCACACCUGCAGAUGUUGCUCAUGGUGGUGUCUGGGUUUCCUGUUGCCUCCCAAGAACAGGCCUGUGAUGACCCAGUGGUGGCUGUUG